AUGAUGGGAAAGGUAAAUGAGAUAUGCAGGAUAGAAACUGUUACACCAGAAAUACAUGCAAAGCCUCACUGCAGGAAACUUCAAACAACAACAUCGAAACAACUCUCAAAUCAAUCAGAUACUUCAGCUUACACAACUAGCAGUAAUGCUGUAAAUACAAAUAUGAAAUCACUGACACUUGACACAGAAAUACAGGUUAAGACUAAUAAUGAUAAGGUAUCUCCAAAAGUCUUUGGUAUCAUAUUAACACAUCAACAAUUUGUCGUUGUUACUGAUAACUCAAAUAGGACAAUUAAAGCAAUUGAUUUAAGGAAAACAACUGUGGUAUCAGAACUAAAACUAGAAAAUUAUCAAUGGAGUUUAGCUAAAAUAAAUGAUGACAAAGUUGCUAUAGGUUACGUGGGUGGAAUCCAAAUUAUAUCAAUUUCAAAAUCUGGAUUAUUAAGUAAAACAGAGGGCAGAAUACGAACCAUUAAUAUAUGUUUUGGUAUUACAUAUAGCAGUGGAAAUUUAAUUGUAUCAAACUUAACAUGUAUUAAAAUUCUUAACAUGGAUGGCAAAGUUCUAAGUACGAUCAAAACAGACUCUGAUGGAGAACAGCUGUUUUAUCAUUGUUAUGGAAUAGCACUCAGCAAAGAUCAUAAUACCAUCUAUGCUUCUGAUUAUGAUAAGGAUUCUGUGACCAGUUUAACAUUGGAUGGACAUAUCAAGGCAAUAUAUAAAGACAAAGAUCUUAAUGGACCAUGGGGCCUAACAGUUGAUGAUGAAGACAAUGUCUAUGUAAGCAGCACAGGAAAUAAUUGUAUUCAUCGACUGUCUCCUGAAUGUAAAAAACUUCAAGUUUUCCAAGACGUGGUAGUUCACAGUGUUUUUCACACAAACAAUAAACUUUUUGUAGGCGAUAAAAAUAUACGGAUAUAUGACAUUAAAUAA